AUGGGCGCUCCUCGGAAGGGUAAAGGAAAGGGCAAGGCCGGAGAUGCCGCCCCCGAAAAGUCUGGAAAGCUCUUCGGAGGCGGCGGCUUCGCAUCUUUCGGCGACUACAUGGUGGAGAAGAAUCGGAAGCUCAAAGAGCAGUUUGCGGCGGCAGCGGACGCUGGCUCAGGUUGCUCAUCUAAGCCGGCGAUCUUCUCUGGACUCAGCUUCUGGAUGACGGGGCGCACGUGCCUGCCUGACCAAGAGCUGAAACGCAUCAUCGUCGAGCACGGCGGAGUCUACGAGCAGUACGGCUUCACGCAUGUGACGCACGUCAUCGCCGACAACCUGGCCUCCGGGAACCAGACCUGGGCCCAGCUGAAGCGCCGCGCCAAGCGGGUGAAUGUGGUGGCCUCGACCUGGGUGCUGGACUGCGUCAAGGAGAAGCGCCGCCUUCCGGAGCUUCGCUACAUGCCCGCGUGCCUUUCAACUCCCUCCUCCAUGCUCUCUUACAUGGGCAGCAGUAAGACAGAGUCCACCCAGGGCCAAGCAGCUGCUACGGAUGCUGCUUCGAGUGCGAAGUUGGAUGAACCUCCGUCAGUGUCAGCUCCAGCUUCGUGCCUUCGCAUGACAGCGGAGCAGACAAGUUCCGGACUGGAGAAGGCAGAGGAAAGUCCGCCUCGCAAGAAGCAAAAGCAGAUGGAGUGCAUCAGUUUGGAAGACAGUGGAAGUGCGAGCAAGGGUCGCGCGCAGCAGCCUCCCCCACCAGCCACAUUUGCCCUGGAGGUGGGCACGCGGUGCGAAGGCUUGGCGGGCUUCCAGGAGUUCUUGGAGGUGCUCUCAGAUCUGGCGGACAGCGCCGUGCGGCAGCUUUGUGAGCAGGGCCGCUGCUGCAAUGCCGCGGGGCUCCGGAUCACUGCCACGUCCUCCGAGUGGAGCGGCACCGCCGGUGUGGAAGCAACUGCCCGUGCAGCGGACCUUCUUCCAGUGCUGUCAUCCCUGGCGGGCCGUGCUGCUGCGGCGCUGGGCCUGGGUAAGGGGAAGGAGGAGGGCUACGGCUGCUUGUGCCAGGUGGAGGUCCGGCUGCAGUGCCAAGCCCUGGACAGCCGCCUCCAAGUGGAGCCGGACAUGGAUGACCUACCGCCCACUCGCAGCUGCUCAAGCGGACCUCCCAGCGUCAGCAGUGGAUCAGAUGAUGGGCAUUGCGAUGCAAGCAAGCCUCAGACAGAACUGAGUGGAACCUGCUGCGGCACCGACGGCGCAGCAAAGGCCUGCAAUGUCCAGCCGGCAGCCAUCAGACCCAACUGGAAGGAGCUGCCGGUGUGGGCGAGCGAAAGGGCUGGAGCAGAGAAGCUCGUGCGCCACUGGCGGGGAAUCUGCCAGGCUCUGCAGGGUAUGAGAUCCUCAGGCCUGAGAGCAUGGCGCAACGUUUGCGAGCCUAUACGGCAGCCCUCCGUGACAGCGAGCUUGAGCUGCCAUGUAGACGCUUUUCAACAACUCGUGGCAUCUCAUGAGCUCGAGGUUGUGCACCUCGCCUUGCGAGCGCUGCGAGUUUCCACCGUCCGUGGCGUGCCAUCCACGCUUGAUGGAGAAGGCCAACUGCCAACACCGGAGCAGUUUAACAGCCUGCUUGAUGCGACGCAGAGAGCCGUCUCACAUGGUGCAGGAGCACGCCUAAAGGUGGCUCCUUUGCCAGUGGACGAGAUGCAUCAUGAGGGGCAGGAGCUGCCGGAGAACAGCAGAGCUGAUCACCGAUUGCAACCUUGCAGGUGCUUGGUUUGCCGAACCUGUGCAGAAAAAGUGGCCUGCGGCCAGCACUCAGCAUGCCCCCUGUGCGAGAUGAAGGUGCAAUGGCUUGCCGACGAGAGGGCUUUGAUUGCUACGGGAUGGCGGGUUGCCCGGCCCUCCACUUCAACAAGGCCCGAGAAGUGCGGCAUUUGCGUUGGCCGUGCCAAGUGA